AUGGCGCUCGCCGCCAUCUCUAGCUCCGCAUUCACCAGCAACGCAAGACCCUCACCGCCGCCUCGGCGUUGCCAGAUGUCACGGACCUCUUGGGGCUCUCCCUGCCGUCCGCGGCGGCCGUGGCUGCAGCUCUCGCUGCUGCGGUCUCCCUCUCCGUGUCACCGUCUCCAACUCCGCAUUCACCAGAAGCGCAAGCCCCUCACCGUCGCCUCGGCACUACCAGAGGUCGCAGACCUCCCGUGGCUCCCCCUGUCGGCCGCGGCCGCAACAUUCGUUGUUGUGGUCUCCUACUCUGACCUGGAGCGCCGGUGCAAGGCGCAUGCGGAGGCGGUGGGCGGCGGGGACAAGGAGCCGGUGUGCACCUACUUCGAGUCCACGGGCUUUGAGUGGUGGCGCCGGAUCUACGACCUGGCGACGGACGACGUGAACCACGUGCAGCUGGACAUCCGCAAGGGCCACACGCAGAUGGUGGCGGCGACGCUCGCCAUGCUGAGGGACGCCCCCGACGUGGCUCUGUCCGGCGCCACGGUGUGCGAUGCUCGGUGUGGCACGUGGUCGCUCUCCAUCCCACUAGCGUCCUCCGGCGCCUCUGUGCUCGCGCCCGACAUCUCCGCCGCCAUGGUCUCGAAGGCGGAGCGGCAGGCGCAAGCCGUCGCGUCGUCGCCAGAGUUCGAACUAUUAUUUAAAACAUGA